AUGGGUCCUGCUCUCCUGCUGCUGCUCGCUGCAGUAGGCAUCUGGCACGGCUUGGCAUCCCCAGUGAUCAGCCCUGACGUCUCUGCUCUGGUUGUCGACACGGGCGACCCAGUCAUCUUGCACUGCUCAGGAGAGUCUGAAGUUGAAUGGAAAAGCCAAAAAGAUAUAUUCAGUAACCACACCAGCAGCACGCUCAGUAUUCCCAAGGCCACUUACAGGGAUACGGGCACCUAUAAGUGUGCUUAUGUCAACAGCAGUGACAAGGAUGUUGCAACUGUGCAUCUGUUUGUGCGAGAUCCCAAUAAUGUGUGGUACACCCCAACUUUCCGGAUCUUUGUGACCAAAGGUGGCAAUGCUGAGCUCCCCUGUCUUAUCACGGCCCCUGAGUAUGGAUCCAGCGUGACUCUGAUAAUGGAUGACACCUCUCAUCUCUCACCCGGGACCAACUAUUCUUUCAGUACUGAGAAAGGAAUAACACUCUACAAUGUGCAAAGCAAGCAGAAGGGCUUUUACCGAUGCCAAGCAGUGAUAAAUGGAAAAAUAGAGAAGUCAUCAAGAAUAAGAUUGAUUGUGGAAGAAGCACUGGAGAAGCCUGUAUCAGUGAUGAUGGACCCUAUAGACCAUGUGCGAAUCGUGGGCGAACCUUUCAAAGUCACUUGCAGAGUAAUUGCUCCUUCCCACAAGUAUGACAUCAGAUGGGUGACAGCAGCAAAGAGCGUCAGGAGAACUAAAAAGCCUAGCUUUGAAAAUGAGAACUACUUCAUCAGCGACACACUGUCCAUCCUAGCAGUGACCAUGGAAGACAGUGGGAAAUACACUUGUAUAGCUAACAAUUCAGCAGUUUUUUUUAAUGCCUCGACAAUGCUUCAGGUAGUAGAGAGAGGUUAUGUGUUCCUGACCCCAGUGCAAGCCACCAGCCAGGAGGUUGCUUUGGGAGAGAGUCUGAAGCUGCAAGUUCACAUUGAGGCUUACCCAAAACUUCUCCACUGGGGCUGGGAGCACAUGAACUCCUUGAAGAACUCUGGGAGCCCCACAUUCAAGAGCCAAAUGAUCUCUGGAAACAACUGGUAUAACAACACACUCUUCCUGAAUCGCCUGCAGGAAGGAGAAGGAGGUCUCUACACCUUUUAUGCCCUCAACAAUGAGACCAAUGCAUCAGUAACCUUCAGUAUUUCUGUGAAAUCUCCCCCAAGGGUCUGCAAAAUCAAGGUGCCAGCCAAUGACUCCAGCAUCCUUCAAUGCAUGGCCAUCGGCUACCCUGCCCCACGCAUUGAGUGGUACCAGUGCCCUAUUGUCUCUGGCAGAUACAACGAGGACUACAGGUUGCUACUGAACGACUCCAGUCCCCAAGUGGUGAAUGUGUUGCCCUUCCGAGAGGUGGAGGUGGAGAGUGUUGUCCCAUUCCAGGAGCUGGGUGCCAAUUUUACCUUCUGCUGUGUGGCCAUUAACAGAGAGGGGAACACUUCUGACAUGCUUCACUCGCUCACCAUCACCAGAAAUGUCAUGGCCCCUCCAAACAACCUCUUCAGCCCCAUUCUCUCCACCUGCAUAGGCACAUCGGUCCUGCUGCUCCUCCUACUCCUCUUCCUCCUCUACAAGUACAACCAGAAACCCAAGUACCAGGUGCGGUGGAAGAUCAUUGAGGCCUGUGAAGGGAAUAACUACAUCUUUAUUGAUCCCACUCAGCUGCCAUACAAUGAAAAAUGGGAGUUUCCCAGGAAUAACCUCCAAUUUGGAAAAACUCUUGGAGCAGGAGCCUUUGGAAAAGUAGUAGAAGCCACUGCUUUUGGGCUCGGCAAAGAAGAUUCGGUGCUCAAAGUGGCUGUGAAGAUGCUAAAGUCAUCAGCAGACACAGAUGAGCAGGAGGCUCUCAUGUCUGAGCUGAAGAUCAUGAGUCACUUGGGACACCAUGAGAAUAUUGUUAACCUGCUGGGAGCAUGUACCUAUGGAGGCCCAAUCCUUGUCAUCACUGAGUACUGUCGCUACGGAGAUCUGCUGAAUUUCCUGCGGAAGAAGGCUGAAUCCAUCAUUAUCCAGGAUUCUGCCCUGGACACCUCUUUAGACAGUGCUGCUGAUUACAAAAACGUUGACUUAGAGAAGAAAUACAUCCGCAGUGACAGCAGCUUUUCGAGCCAGGGUUUGGAAACGUAUGUUGAAAUGAGGCCUGUGUCAUCAUCAUCAUCUUCAGCGUCAUCAGAUUCUGCGCAAGCCAGGGGUAAAAGCUCAGGGGAAGAUGAAACAAGGGAGGAUCUCCGUCCCCUCAAUCUCUCUGACCUGCUACAGUUCUCCAGCCAGGUGGCCCAGGGCAUGGCCUUCCUCGCAUCAAAGAACUGCAUCCACCGUGACUUAGCAGCCAGGAAUGUGCUCGUAUCAGAUGGACGGGUAGCCAAGAUCUGUGACUUUGGCCUGGCCCGGGAUAUCAUGAAUGACUCGAACUAUGUUGUAAAAGGCAAUGCCCGCCUGCCGGUGAAAUGGAUGGCCCCAGAGAGCAUCUUUGACUGCAUUUACACAGUGCAGAGCGAUGUGUGGUCUUACGGCAUCCUUCUCUGGGAGAUCUUCUCCCUUGGUAAAAGUCCAUAUCCUGGCAUGGUGGUGAACAGCAAGUUCUACAGCAUGGUGAAGCAGGGAUACCAGAUGGCCAGGCCUGACUUCGCUCCCUUGGAAAUGUACAGAAUCAUGCAGGUAUGCUGGAGCCUGGAGCCCACAGAGAGGCCUACCUUCGACCAGAUCGGCUGCUUCAUUCAGAAAGAACUGGAGGUGCGUAAAGAGCAGGACUACACCAACCUCCCCUCCACUGCUGAGGAAGACAGUGGCUGUGAUACCUUGGGCUGCUGUGAGGAAUCCUGCGAGCAAGAGGAGAGUGGCCAGCCCCUUCUCAAGAGCAACAACUAUCAGUUCUGUUAGCUGGUACCAUCACCCUGGGGUAGAUGCCAGUCCUGGCUCUGCAGAGCACAUGGUUCUGCUCUGCCCUAGAACACAGAUGCCUUCUGCUUUGGCUC